AUUCUGCAGAGAGAGAUAGGGGAAGAAAAGGGAGAGGGAGGAGAGAGAAGGCACCACCACCCUUUGGCCCCUAGAGAGACCAAAGAUGAUCGAAGAGAGAAUACUCUAGAUCAUCAUCAUCAUCAUCCUGCAAAAACAAGAAUUCGAUUUUUUAUUUUAUUAAAAGAUUGGAUUUGUUUAUAUAAUUGUUAUCGAUUUUUCUGGAAAUAUUUUGAUUUCUUAAAUCCCCUACACCAACAUUUUUCUUGCCCUACCUGCUCCAUGCUUUCUUCUUUUCCAGAAACAUAACAAAAUCGCAUUAUAAGCAAUUCCUUUUUACAGUAUUAAGAAACAACGAGAGAUAGAUCCAAGAUAUGUAUACUGCGAUCAAAAGGGUUUUGUGACAUUAAUUUUCAAAACCUGGAAAAUGAUCAAGGACCCUGAUAUUCGAGAUAUUUUUGGAUUUUGAUUUGUAAAUUAGGAAAAAAAUUAGUAUAGUGUUGUUUGUAAAAAAAAAAACUUAAAAUGGGUUGUGGAUUCCACUACUCUUACGUCUUCUUCUUGAUCAUUACCCUUCAAGCUCCUCUCUCGUUUUCUGUCAACCCCCAAGGAUACGCAUUGUUGAAGUUCCGGGAAAGAGUGAACUCGGAUCCUCAUGGAACUCUUGCAAACUGGAAUGUUAGUAGUGAUCUCUGUUCUUGGUCAGGGGUAACUUGCGUUGACGGCAACGUGCAGAUUCUGGAUCUUAGCGGAUGUUCUUUGGGAGGAACGUUAGCUCCUGAGCUUAACCAACUAAUUGAACUAAGAUCUCUAAAACUCUCCAAGAACCAUUUCUCUGGAGAGAUUCCAAAGGAGUAUGAGAGUUUCUCAAAACUUGAAUUUUUGGGUUUGAGAGACAAUGAUUUAACCGGAACAAUUCCACCCGAGCUAACCAAUGUCUUAUCGCUAAAACACUUGUUGCUUUCUGGUAACAAAUUUCAAAGUAAUAUGAGUAUAAAGAUCCUGAGAAUGAAACUGCUGCACUCUCCUUUUGCUGUUCUUGGCUGUGCAAAUAGAAAACUUGGACACUGUAUUUCAAGAAACCAUAUCAUUCGAGUUAAAAAGAUUGAAGCAUUUGUAUUCCGUAUCAAAGCAACUUCAAGACGUUUCUUGAAAGCAUUCCCAAGUAAGUUCGAUUUCAAAAGACGUGAGUUACUCGAGGAGACAAGUAACUUGGCGGCUGAGCCUGCUCCUCAAGCUCCUAGUCCUUCUCCAGAGACUAUAACUGAAGCCUCUCCUCGAAGCAGCGGGUCUUUCCCAGCAGUGACCAACGCAAAGAAGAGAAUACCACCUUUAGUCCCUCCUCCACCUUCUCCCGAUGAGAACACUAGUUCUGAUUCCUCCAAGAAUCAUCCACAACCACAAGAUAAUAAACAGUCAAAAGGAUCAAAACAUGUAUGGCUCUAUGUGGUUAUCGCGGUUGCUUCUUUCCUCGGUUUACUGAUUAUAGUAGCUGUUAUAUUCUUGUGCCGUAAAAGAGCUGUAAAGAGCAUAGGUCCUUGGAAAACUGGUCUUAGUGGACAACUACAGAAAGCUUUUGUCACCGGGGUACCAAAGCUGAAUAGGGCUGAGCUAGAAACAGCGUGUGAGGAUUUCAGCAACAUCAUCGAGACGUUUGAUGGUUACACUGUGUAUAAAGGAACUUUGUCGAGUGGUGUUGAGAUAGCUGUGGCUUCUACCGCGGUUUGUGAAUCUAAAGAAUGGACUAGAGCCAUGGAAAUGGCUUACCGUAGAAAGAUUGAUGCACUUUCUCGGAUCAACCAUAAGAACUUUGUGAAUCUGAUUGGAUACUGUGAAGAAGAUGAGCCUUUUAACAGGAUGAUGGUUUUCGAAUAUGCUCCAAAUGGAACCCUUUUCGAACAUUUGCAUGAUAAGGAGAUGGAGCAUCUUGAUUGGAGCGCAAGAAUGAGAAUAAUAAUGGGAACUGCCUAUUGUCUACAACAUAUGCACGAGAUGAACCCUCCCAUGGCACAUUCUGACUUCAACUCGUCUGAAAUAUACCUAACCGAUGACUACGCAGCCAAGGUCUCGGAGAUUCCUUUCAACUUAGAGGCGAGAUUAAACCCGAAGAAACACGUGAGUGGUGACUUAGAGCAAGCCUCAUUGCUACUACCUCCAGAACCGGAGACUAACGUCCACAGCUUUGGACUCUUAAUGCUCGAAAUAAUCUCCGGAAAGCUCUCAUUUUCAGACGAAUAUGGAUCUAUCGAACAAUGGGCAUCAAAACAUCUGGAAAAUGACGGUUUAGGAGAGAUGAUAGACCCAUCGUUAAAGACAUUCAAAGAAGAAGAGCUUGAAGUGAUAUGUGAUGUGAUACGAGAAUGUCUGAAACCAGACCAGAGACAUCGACCUUCAAUGAAAGAUGUAGCGGAACAGCUAAAACAAGUUAUUAACAUAACUCCUGAAAAAGCUACUCCAAGAUCAUCUCCUCUUUGGUGGGCAGAACUCGAGAUCUUGUCCUCUGAAGCAACUUGACCCUCAAUGAAAUGCUCUUUCUCUUAUACGUUGUACCAAAAAAUUUCUUUUUUUCUUCUGGUUUCUUGUAUCAGUUUUCUUAUACGAGCUUUUGGUUCUUGAUUCUUCACAUUGAGUUUGUUUUGUAUUAGUGUUUGCUUCUUGAUGGAUUUGAUAUAAACGAGUUUCGAUAUGUGUUUGUAUAACGAGGCACGGUAGUAUAGGCAGAUAUCGUAUUCACGUGUC